AGAUUAGAAGGUCUGCUUCUUGUAGCGGCUUCAGCCAUGGUUUCUAGUACAGCCUCUCAGUGCUUCAGCUUCGUAAUCCUUUUUGCACACUGCACCUCAUUUUCAGUCAGAUACCUACCACAGGAAGACGAUGCUGAUGGUGGUGAACUAAGAGACGAUAUCCCUGAAAUAAAUUCAGCUGCUGGACUGAGCCUCUUCCAGGGGGAUAUUUUACUGCCUAGAAAACGCAGUGCACUGAGAGAUGAACAAUACCGAUGGAAAUUUCCUAUUCCAUUCAUUCUGGCUGACAACCUGGAUCUAAAUGCCAAAGGGGUAAUCCUUAAAGCAUUUGAAGGAUUCCACUUAAAAUCUUGUGUGAAUUUCAAACCACAUGAUGGAGAGAAGUCAUUUAUACUAUUUCAGAAGCUUGAUGGAUGUUGGUCUGUAAUUGGAGAUGCAAAGCAGGGUCAAAACCUUUCUAUCGGUGUCGGGUGUGAUCACAAAGCUAUUGUAACACAUGAAAUCUUACAUGCUCUAGGAUUCUUCCAUGAGCAGACAAGGACAGACCGAGAUGAUUAUGUUAAAAUAUGGUGGAAUCACAUGCUUCCAGAUCAAGUACACAACUUUAAAAAAUAUGAUGACAACUAUCUCAUUGACCUGAAUACUCCAUAUGAUUAUGAGUCCAUCAUGCACUAUGGUCCAUUUUCAUUUGGUAAAAAUGCAAGCUUAACAACAAUUACUUCCAACAUACCUGAAUUUAAUUACGUUAUUGGCCAACGCUUGGAUUUUAGCACAUUUGAUCUAGUGAGGCUCAAUCGCAUGUACAACUGCACAACAUCUCUCACCCUUUUGGAUCAAUGUGAUUUUGAGUCAGCUGACAUAUGUGGCAUGGUUCAGGAAACCAGAGAUGAUACUGACUGGAUUCAUAAGAAGAGUGACCUUCUGGCACAAGACCACACCCUCAUUGGAUGGUGCAAAGAUGGUGGCCACUUCAUGCAUUUUAAUACCAGUUCCGGGAAGAGAGGUGAAACAGCUGUCUUAGAAUCCCGCAUUCUGCACCCAAAGAGGAAGCAACAGUGUCUCCAGUUCUUCUUUAAAAUGACAGGAAGUCCCUGGGACAGGCUUGUCAUCUGGACUAAGAAGGAUGAUGGAACUGGAAAAGUUCGCAGACUGGUUAAAGUUCAAACUUUUCAAGGAGACAGUGACCAUAACUGGAAAAUUGCUCAUGUGACUCUCAAAGGACAAAGAAAGUUCAAGUAUCUCUUCCAUGGACUAAAAGGCAAUCCUGAUGACUCAUCUGGAGGAAUUUCCAUUGAUGACCUCACCCUGAGUGAAACUCCAUGCCCCAGUGCAGUAUGGCUUAUUCGCAACUUCUCUCAUCUUCUUAAAACUAUGCCUGAGGACUACUUCAUACAAAGUCCCAGGUUUUACAGUUCUGAAGGCUAUGGUUAUGGUUUAACAUUGUCUCCCAGUGGCCGGAAUGAUUCUGCCUUUGCAAACUACACACACAUUUUUUUUCAUCUAAUGAGUGGUGAAAAUGAUGGUGUUCUUGAGUGGCCAGCUCUAGGCAGACAGGUCACCAUCACUGUGCUAGACCAAGAUCCUGAUGUCAGGGAAAGGAUGUCCUCAGAAAGAAGCUUCACAACAGAUGCAACUCAGGUUUUCCCAGGGAGCUUUUGUGUACUAUGGGGGAAACCCUCUGUUCUUGGAAAUUUUGAUACUUCAUGCAAUUGCAGUCAGAGUAAAGACUGGGGAUGGAGUAAAUUCAUCUCACAUGCACAGCUGAGGAGAAGGAAUUAUCUGAAAAAUGAUGAUCUAAUUAUCUUUGCAGAGUUUGAAGAUUUAACACAUCUCAGGAAGACUGAACAUCUCUCUCCGCAAACAUGGUCCAUCCACCCUUUGGGGCGGAAUAAGAGAUCAUCCCUGCUGGAGGACUGGCGAUUCCACCUGCGAGAACAAUGUGACCCAAAUCCCUGCCAAAAUGAUGGCAUCUGUGUAAAUGACAAAGGGAAAGCAAGCUGCAGGUGUGCCACAAGCCAAAUCUUCUUCUACACAGGUGUGAGAUGCCAGGGAGCCCAUGUCCGUUGGCAUAUCCUUGGCCUGCUGGUUGCUGGAGCUGCUGUGAGCAUUGCACUAGUCAUUCUUUCCAGAGUAACUAGGCGACAAAGGCUUAUUUCAGAGUACAAGUUUAAGAUCAUCUCAUGCAUUAUUCCACAAAUUAUGUGAAUGUGACAAGGGCCGGAUCUACACUAGUCUUAUAACGUUGCUAGUGUCCCUUUCUAACGUGGUUCUCUGUAUCGGUUCUCUGUAUCACGGAGCGCACUAGCGUGACUUACGUUUAGCUGUAACGUUACUGCAGGGCACAUUGUUAAAUUCUUUCCGUUGUUCUCCCUCCCUCUGAGCGUAGCAGAGUUGCUGGGUUUGCUCCGCCCACUGCCUGCCUCAUUCCUAGCCAGCAGUGCAGGGCAAUAGUCAUAAGCACACACACAAACCCCCUCCCAAAACAUCUUAACACAAGUCCCAGGGAAUAGCCUGAGUGCAUAGGAGCCAGCCACUUUGCUGAAGCUAAGCAAGGUUGGGUCUGGUCAGGGUUUGGAUGGGAGACCAAAUUGAAAAGUUUUAGCAGCACCCGCAUUUAAGCCCCGCUGGUCAUGAGUUUUGGACUGGGAGCAAGAGACUUUUGUUAAUUUUCCUGCACAGAGCUACAGCGAUCCUUUGAGCGCUCCUCAGCUCCUUUGCAAAGAGGGGGGAAAUGUUAAAAAAAAUCAUAAAAAAUCAACCGAUGACCCAAUUUGAUUCAAAUUUUAAGGCAGGAUGCACGGGAGUACUUCACAAUCAAAGCAGAUUCUAAAGUGGAAAACUUCUGAGUCCUUUGCAUGCAAUUGUCAGUGAUUGCACAGUAUAAGGCUGGUGUGAUUUAUCUGCUGUAGCAGAUAAGAUAGCAAACGGGGCGAAGGAAGGAGAACAGGAAGUGGGUGGAGCAAACCCAGCAGCUCUGGGUUGGGAGAGGAAAAUUACCGGCAGAAUGAGGCACAUGAAUCUGUAGCCACGCUGGAACUAAGGAAGAGAACCUGUAAGUACAACUCAUUUACAAUGUUGGAGACCCAGGGUCACGUGAUGCUGUGCGUCACAGUAACCCAUUCAAAACGUUAGAAUAACACCAGUGUAGAUUCCCACUAGUUUGUAAGUUUCAGAAAUCAUGAGCUGGAGGAAGCCUGGUCUCUUACUCCUGUUGGGUUCCGUUCUUAGGCUGCAAUCCUGUACACAUGUACCUGGGCUUAGUUCCCAUUUAAGUCAUUGGGGCUUUCUUCUGAGUAGACAUGUACAGGAUUGCUCUGCCAGAGUGCUACCAAUAUGCAGUUCUUUUCCAAGAGGAGAACUGUCAAGUUAUCCGUUCUUGUCUCCCUUUCUGCUUGCCAGGAGGAAAAAGAAAACCAGCAGCAGGCUGGGCUUUGUGCUCUCAUGAGCCACACCUGUUUGCAGGGUGGGAAGCAUUGAGGAUGCCACUUAAAGUUGCCGCCUGCAUUCUUUCCUACCAAGCUGUUUUGUGCAGAUUAGGAUUAACAUUUGUGUCAUAAAAUAGUUGUAUUUUCACCAAACAUCAAGGGAAUUCAGAUAUUUAAAACUAAACAAGAACUGGGUAGAAAAAAAAUGCAGAAAUGAAUUCCACACUUAAACACACCAACCUUUAAAGUUUUUAUCAUUUAAAAAUUGGAUUUACUUUAAAAUCUACACCCCGGGUUUAUCGAAACUAUGCGUUUCUCAUACAUUCAUUUCCUUUGUGAUGUGGGUGUGACCUACAAUAACUUUCAAGGCAGCUUAAAGACUUCAAAGUCCUAAUACAAGGACGGGACAUUUUAGUGCGGGGUAAGUGUAUCAGCAUGGAAAUGGUGCAGAAUGUUCCAUGUACACCUCCACACUGGGUCAUGAUGAGAAGCAGCAGAAUAAUGUUUGAUAGACUCCUGCCUCGUCUUGGCUAGUGCCACGCCCAGCUGCUUUUGAAUUUCUCUGGGGAAUGACCUGCCAUUCUGAUCUGCACCGUCUGGCAGGUGGAACGAAGCCACAUGAGGCAGCUUGUGUGGCCCUUCUCACCCACGAACUUUAUUUCUGAACGUUCUUAUUAAAGAUACACGUUUGACUUCAUACUCUCAUCCACUUUUCACUGUGCAUUGCAGUGCAAUCUACUCAGAAGUCAGUCCCACUGAGCUUAGUGGGAGCCACUUCUGGAUAAGUGGACUGCAGACUUAGGCAGUGUUAGCUGCUGUGCUCUUCCCCCCCCCCCCCGAGCAACAUCUGUUUCCCUCUACAAGGGGAUGCAGAACUAGUUUGAGGUAGGGGACCAGAUGGCUCCAUGGGCCAGAUGACAUCAAGGGAUAUUGCUUCACCCUUUGACAUAACCAUCCCACCUUGUGUUUUUUCCUCUGUUUUGGGUGAGGCAAGCGAUUCCAUGCCUCCUCCCAGCAUGGAGAAAGGGACUUGGCUGGCACUGGAAGGAACAAAGGUUCCUCCUGGCUUUGGGCAGUGCCUGCCAUCCCUAUGGACAGUGCAUGCUGUGUGAAGGUAUUCACCAUACAUCAGGAAGAAUGAACGGUGCCCACCACAUCCCCACUGUUAUCUCUGAUCUGCAGGGCCGGUGCCAGGCUUUUUUGUGCCCUAGGCAAGGUGAGCUGCUUUCACACACACCCCACCAUAUCCCACCCCACCCCAGGUAGGCAGAGACAGGUUACCUGUCCCUUGUCCGAAGUCCUUCUGGCUUGGCGGGAUGCUACGGUGGGGUGGGUGGGCAGCU